AUGUCGUGUGAGGGCGGGCGCGUGUCCUGCUGGCGAUGGCUGCUGAGCAUGCGCUGGGCCAGAAAUUUUGCGGAGCGCAGCGGAGGUGAGCACGGACGGCGCUGUCUCGAGACGGGCCAAGUCCUGCUCUACCCAUGCAUCGGCUUCGCCGAGGCUGAAGAAUGGCAGAGACGAAGAAGCAGCGUUGUCUGUGUCAAACCCAGACCCGUCUUUUACGAUGAUUCGGAAGACAUUCUCCUAACGAGACAGAUGCUCUCUCCUGCAAAUAGCCAUAGUCCAGGCCAUUAUGAUCGUCGUGGUGUUGGCAGACGUGCAGAAGCGAGACACUAA